AUGGAAAAUAACAGUCCUGGCAGAAGGCAACGCGUGAAACGGUGUCUUUUUGGUAAGCCAGACCAAAAGGAGGUCGAAAAAUGGCUGACCGAAACCUCCAAGAAGCAGUUACGACAAAGUCGGGAAAAAUGGAGCUAUGACUUCGAAUUAGACAUUCCAGUAAGUGGUGAUGUGGAAUAUGAAGCCAUUCCUGUAAAUAAGGUACCUUCCAUAUACAAGUCCUGCAGCGUUGGUAGGAGGAAAGGUGGGAGGAUUGCUGAAUUUGACCCGAAUGUUCCUUCUGCAUCAAAGGAUGAGGGGGUUACCGAUGAAGAACCGAGUCACCAUCGCCCUCUCACCAGGUCCUGUACUAAACUACGUGAUGAUAACCACAUGUUGCAUCACAAGAGUUUGAAGCAAGCAAAACUUACUAAUUAUCUGAAAGUGCGAAAACGUCGUUCUGCCGAUUCGCGUAACAAUAAAGAUGCUGUUACGCCUGUAAAGACAAUGAAGUCAGCGGCACCCAACAGCCCAUUCCGUUUUGUUGAAUCUACUUACUCUGAAGAAGCCAGCUGCGGUGAAACAUCACCAAGAAGUCUGUCUGCCAGUCCUCCCAAAAGUCCGCGGAAGCGCCAUCAACAGCAACUGUUCGACUGCUUAAAUCCAAGAGAUCAAGGGAUUCGCAUUACAACUGUGAGCGUUACUCGUGUAAAGUGCUACGUCAUAUUUGAAAUACCGUGA